CGUCAGGCUUUCAACCGCUUUCCUGUCCCGCUGAUCUAGCAAAACUGUUUUUCUGUAUUUUCUUUUUGUAAAUGGGCAUUGCGUUAACAAAACUAUGGCGGCUCUUUUGGAGCCAGGAGGAACACAAGAUUGUUAUUGUAGGACUUGACAACGCUGGAAAGACUACAGUUUUGUACAGAUUAGUGAUGGGGGAGGUAAUUGCCACAGCUCCAACAAUAGGUAGUAACGUCGAGGAAUUCACAUAUCGCAAUAUAAAAUGCCUUGUAUGGGACAUCGGAGGACAAGACUCUCUGAGAGCUUCCUGGAGCACAUAUUACACCAACGCUCGGGCUGUGAUAAUGGUCAUUGAUAGUACAGAUCGAGCCCGUCUACAUUUAUCAAAGGAGGAGCUGCACAGAAUGAUGGAACAUGAUCAACUUCGGAAUGCUGGUCUUCUUGUGUUUGCAAACAAGCAAGACGUCAGAGGCGCUCUAAAAGCUGCAGCUAUAUCGGAAGCACUGGGCUUGUCACACUUGAAGGAUCGCCAAUGGCAUAUACAAGCAUGCUGUGCAUUAACCGGUGAAGGGUUAUGGGAAGGUAUGGAUUGGCUAAUAACAACAAUGGCCCGAUGACUUUCGGUACCCCCGUCGAGGCCAGAGUGAGCAUUGGAUUGCUUCCCUUCCCGUUUAUAUAUCCAUCUAGUUAAUAACCAUCGGUCACACGGGGACCAUCCCCCAAUAGCCCUUUGCAUGUAAAUUGGCCACUUCAUAGUUAGAUCCUCCAAGCUAAGUCCACCUGUGCUAUACUCUAGGUAGAUACAGUGAAGGCGUCCCCCCGUCACUAUAUAGAGUUAUCUACGGACCGUGUGUCCACAAGAGAUUUUAUCAGUGCGAAAUCGUGCGCCG